AUGUCCUCCAAGCGGGGCCGGAAAAGAAACGACAACCUACCCCCUAACCGUGCCCGCGACGUUCAAAGGGCUUUCAGAGCACGGCGUGCGGCCCACCUCUUGGCGCUUGAACAACGAGUAUCUGAGUUGGAAGAGGAGAAUGAUUAUCUCCGACAAGCUUUGAACCUUCCUCCUUCGAACAGACCUCCCUUAGGUCGGGGACCAACGGGCAAGGACAAGCCGAAGCCUAAUCCUAAUCCCCCCACAAACCCUCUGUCUACCUUGUUCCAACAGCUACAGUCCUCGUCGACUCGCGAAACCUCCGUGUUCUUAGAUUCGCCGCCGUCCCGCGACAGUACCGACUCUCCUGUCUCAAUUCCCGUCUCCAUGUCCCCUUCUCGUCCCAUGACGGUACUUGACAGCAAUGCAUGGAGCGAUAAUCUUCUUGUCGACAACGUCUCUCGCACUCUCCCGCCCCCUCCGAUUACAUCCACCUCGACCUACCAUAUCUCCCCUAUCACCGUCCCAUCUACGGUAAAGAUGGAUUUGAAUGUCUAUGCUGCCAGUUCAGCGACGCCUUCACGAAAUAUCACGAUCAACCGCACUUACGAUAACCCCGGCAAUGUCUUGACAGGAAAUAGUGUCCGGGAAUAUGGACCUAUGUCUUAUACAUCGCAAACUACGCAGCUCGCGGACGAACAACCACGAACCCAUUACGACUACAUGUCCACCCUCUUCCAGAAUCAGCAGCCAUCCGCCGUCUACACCCGUCUCGGACAAACCCCGUCCCCAUCCGAGUAUGUCCAGCAGCAGUCCGACCAGACUGUCAACCAUCCCCAAAGCCAUUGCUCGGCGGACGCUGCCAUGAAUAGUUGUACCACUUCGCACCCUACGCUUGUCCACCCCCGACCAAUGUCACACCCGGCUCAUUCCCAGUCACAGCCAUAUCGUCCCCAUUCUCUCCCUAUGCAGUCCCAGUCCCGUCAAGACAUGCACCCUCCGCGGCAAUCCAGUUUGAGUCGUCGUGAAACACCGGUUUCCUUUGUCGACACGACGACUCCCGCUCGAGACCAUCAUGGUUAUGCCAUUGGGCAGAAUUGUCACCUUACCAACCACCCGCCAAUACAAAACGACCCGCGGAGCCACGAUUAUGCGCUAAGGCUCCAUGGGAUUGAAGCUUCUGUUCCAAGGCAGCAAGUACCCUAUGCUCAUGCUCCUGAUGGCCACCUCCAUCGCGCAUAG